AGUGACGAUACCUUAGAAGGAGGUUGGCCAGGCCCCUCCACCCUCAUGCUCCAGGGUGGGCACUGCACCCAGCUGAUCAGGAAGGAAUGUCUGCUCUCCUCCAUUGGAGAGGGUUUCUUUGUGGGGAACACUGCGUGUCUGUGGGGAGCCCUCCUCUGCUCUGAGCUGUGGCUCCAGGGAGGCUAAACAGGCCUAUUGGAAAAGGGAGCUGGCUUUGCGCUGACUGUGGUAGAUUUGGCCUGGAGAUUGCAGAGAAACCAGCUGAUGGGAAGAAAGGGGCCGAGUGCAUCACGGGCUUCCUGGGGCUGCAGCCCCCGGCGCAGUUCCUCAUUCCGCUCGCACUCGGGCCUCAGGCUCAGUGGAGCUCAGCCCUGGGGUGUUGGUGGCAGCUCUGAGGGGCCCCCCACUGCCCCAUCAUGGCGUCUGCUCUCACCGUCCUCCUCCUCGGUGAGUAUUGGAGACAGCCAGGGCUGCUGGCUGGCCGGGCAGAGCGGGGUGUUGGGAGAGGGGUCCUACCCCAAACCCUCCAUCUCCGUCAGCCCCGGUGGGGUGAUCCCCUUCGGGGGAAACGUCACCAUCCGGUGUCAGCAUCAGCUCCUGGGCAAGAGGAUCCUCCUCUACAAGGAUGGAGAUAGGAACUAUCUGAAUUACACAGACCCUGCCGGCUCUGAGGCUGAAUUUCCCAUCACCAGCGCCAGACGGGACCACGGGGGCAGCUACACCUGUCGUUAUAUCGACAGAAGAGGACCAGCUGCCUUCUCGGAGCCCAGUGACCCUGUGCAGAUCAUUGUAGCAGAUCCCAGCUUACCCAGACCCUCCAUCUCCCUGAGCCCCACCGGGGUCACCGCCCCAGGGGCAGACGUCACCAUCCGGUGUCAGGGGCAGCGCCGGGACGUGAGGUUCUUCCUGCACAAGGCUGGAGACCUGAACCCGCAGCGACACAUGGACCCUGCUGGGGCCAGGGCCAAGUUCCGCAUCCCCACCGUGGGCCGGCAGCACGGGGGGAGCUACAGCUGCAGCUACCGGCCCCGGUCAGAGCCCUUCGUCUCCUCGCAGCCCAGCGACUCCGUGCAGCUGGUGGUAGCAGGGGGAACCAACCCAACCCAGCCUGGAGCAGCGCCGGCUCCCACCCGCCCGGGCAGCACGGGGUCAGGGGGGGAAUCACCAUUGAACCAGCCCUGGAAGGCUCAUGCUGCCCAAGGAGCUGCCCCCCGGGGUUGGGGCUGGUUGGGCAGGACGGGGGCAGUGACUCCUGGUGGCGCCCCGGAUUUCACCUACCCCAACAUCGCCCGCCUGGGGCUGAGCGCCGGGGUCCUGCUCGUCCUGGGGCUGAUCCUGACUGAGGCCUGGAACGGUCUCGGCCAGCUCCUGCAGUUGCUCUCGGAAAACCUGGGCAAAGCACUUGCUCUGCGCCGAGAUGAAAUGGUUCUUUCAGUCACUGAUGACCCCUGCGAAGCAGAGACACUGGGCUGCUGGCUGGCCGGGCAGAGCAGGGUAUCGGGAGAGGGGUCCUACCCCAAACCCUCCAUCUCCGUCAGCCCCGGUGGGGUGAUCCCCCUGGGGGGAAACGUCACCAUCCGGUGCUGGCAUCAGCGCCUGGGCAAGAGGAUCCUCCUCUACAGGGAUGGAUAUAGGAACCCUCUGAAUUACUCAGACCCUGCCGGCUCUGAGGCUGAAUUUCCCAUCACCAGCGCCAGAUGGGAACACGGGGGCAGCUACACCUGUCGUUAUAGCAACAGAUCAGUACGAGCUGCCUACUCGGAGCCCAGUGACCCUGUGCAGAUCAUUGUAGCAGAUCCCAUCUUACCCAGACCCUCCAUCUCCCUGAGCCCCACUGGGGUCACCGCCCCAGGGGCAGACGUCACCAUCCAGUGUCAGGGGCAGCUCCGGGACGUGAGGUUCUUCCUGCACAAGGCUGGAGACCUAAACCAACAGCAACACAUGGACCCUGCUGGGGUCGGGGCCGAGUUCCACAUCCCCAGCGUGGGCCAGCAGCACAGAGGGAGCUACAGCUGCAGCUACCGGCCCCGGUCAAAGCCCUUUGUCUCCUCGCAGCCCAGCGACCCCGUGCAGCUGGUGGUAGCAGCCGCUCCCCCCAUCCUGGCAAAAACCGGUUCUUUUCCCACAGAGGGAACCAACGCAACCCAGCCUGGAGCGGCGCCGGCUCCCACCCGCCCGGGCAGCACGGGGCCAGCAGCCACCCCAGGGCGCCCGGAUUUCACCAACACCAACAUCGCCCGCCUGGUGCUGAGCGCUGCGGUCCUGCUCGUCCUGGGGCUGAUCCUGGCUGAGGCCUGUUACAGCCGCCCGAGGGAGGUGCCCUAGGAGCCUGGAUCUGGCCGUGUGGAGAAGAGAAUCUCCCCAGAGACAAGCCGCUUCCCUCGGGGGGCUGAGACGCCGGCACAACCCCCCCUGCCCCCAAACACCCCUGCCUUGGAGAAUCCCCC